AUGUAUCUGGUGAUCAAAGCUCGCAUACCCAGCCAUGGAGAGUCGCUUACUGAAAACUGGUGCAGAGAUUAUCUAAAUUUAUGUUCAAAGGAUAGAAGAGAUCCAACAGGGUUUGGACGUUCAUACAAUCACAUUAGAGAAUAUGCAAGUUGUCAAGAAAAAUACCAGUCAGUCAUGGAUCGAGCAAAUGUCCUUGGUGUAUACCCAAAUGAAAAAGUUGCAGCCUUAGCGCAACAAGUUGGUUUUACCGACGCAAGAUCAAAUAAUUCAUUUGCAUUUAAUGCGUGUGAUGGUCGUAAGUGUUCACGUAUUUUACCAGCGUCUGGUUGUGACGAAGCAUUGUCAUGUAUCAGUACAUCUGUCCCAAAUCGUGUGGUGUACACAGUCUGUAUCAAGCCUGAUUCACAUUACCAUGUUGUUGAAACGAAAUGGAGUAUCGUCAAUGGUGUCAGAUUAUUAGUGUUGAAUGUCAAACCCAAUACUGCAUAUUCUAAACAUGCUACGUGGUGUACAGAUUAUGAAGUCCUUUGUGACCGCUAUGGCCUGAGAACUCUUGGUACGAACAGAAACGAUGGUUGUGUUGAAAAGUAUGGUGCUAUCAUACAUGAAAACGUCCAAGUUUCACAAGUUAGAAAUGUCCUGGGCGUGAGCAGCGGAUUCCUCUUUAAGGAUUGUUCUGCAUGCGCUAGUUAUAGUUACGAUUCCGCUACUUAUAAUGCGUUACACUAUUUUAAAUAUUAUUCUAGUUAUUUUGGAACUGCGUGCACAGAACCUCAAGGAAUUGGCUUCAAGGUUUUGGAUGAUCAAAAACUGGCCGGCUACAGUGGCAAAGAUUAUAUGGCGAUCAAACUACAAGUUCCUUUGAACGGCAAAUCAAAUGAUACGAAUUGGUGUAAAGAUUAUCAACUGCUCUGUCGAUCAUACAAUAUGGCACCACUUGGAUGUGGUAAAUGUGUCUCUAAAUACAGCUCAUCUUUUACUACCUGCCCUAUGUCUGGUAACGAAAUUGAACAAAUUCUUCAUGCUGCUGGAUUCUCGCAUGCAACGUCAUCAAACACAUUCAUCUAUCAAUCAUGUACUGCUUGCUCUAACCAGGUUCUUGAGAACGAAUGUCAAAAUGAAGACCUAUUUUGUAUUGAUCAAGAUAACCGUUAUCGUGUCUUUUAUACGGUUUGUGUGAAAGGUGAAACGACACGGCCGACAGAAGGUAUUUUAAAAGUGAGAGAAUCUCGAUCUAUUGUCUUUCAAUCUUUACCUUACAAAAUCCUCAAACUCUACGAUCUACCAGCAGACGGUCAACCAUUGCUAAGUAACUGGUGCGAGGAGUACCAGACGUUGUGCAAGAGUGUUGGUGGCCAACCAGUGGGCUGUGGGACUUCUUAUCUCUCUGACCCAGAUAUCGCUACAUGUGCUAGUAAUUAUGGAUCAGUGACGGAUAAUAAUGGUCUUUUAUGUGGUGAUAACAGUGUACUUGUUGAUAUGGUGUACAAAGCUGGUUUCUAUGGUUCAUCGAAAAAUACGUUCAUGUUUCAUAAUUGUUCUGCUGAAGCUUGUUCUACAACACUGACUUACGGGUGUAGUGUUAACUGUAGUUGUCAUCCAGCACUAGGCUGUCUUCAUAAUACAAUGAGUCGAUAUUCCCGUCAGUCAUAUGCUAUAUGUAGUGUGUAUUCCAGCGCUUUCCAGGUUAUGGAAACCAAAGACAGUACAUACGAAGGACACGAAGUACUGGUGGUUAAAGCACAGAUCCCGAGCAACGGUGUGGCGUUGUUGGAGAACUGGUGCGAGGAUUAUAAAAUGAUGUGUUAUUACUAUGGUUACAGACCAACUGGAUGUGGCAUUGACUAUGCUGAAGACAUCAAUUAUGCAUCGUGCAGAUAUGACUAUCAGUCAGUCAUGCCAACAGACAAUGUUUAUGGAUGUCCUGCAACGGUUAAAAUUGCAUUGAUUGCCAAAGCUGCCGGUUUUCUCAGUGCUACAGCAAGCAAUUCUUUCGGUUUUUCAGAUUGUAAAGCAACUUGUGUUUCCACUUUAACAGUAGGUGGCCCUUUCAUUGAUCUUUCUGUUGCUGAUGGCAUAGUGUAUACAAUCUGUGCAACUUCAAACAGCCACUUUAAGGUAGUGUCGAGUAAAAAGAGUGUUUAUAAAGGCGGGGAAUAUCUGUUAGUUCAGGCAUUGCUACCCCAUGAUCUCAUAUCGAAACAUGACUCGUGGUGCAGAGAUUAUCAACUUAUGUGUAAAUCAUUUGGCCUGAAACCCGUUGCUAAAAGUGGCCACGAAACUGACAAAGAUUACGCUACAUGCAGAAAACAUUAUUGGUCUAUCAAUACAAAAUUACAAGAAGCAACUGAUCCAGGUUCAAUUGAAACGUUUGGGGAAGCUUUUCUUGGUUAUUCACAGAUGGGUUAUGGUAAUACCUUUAUUUUUGGAAAAAAUUGUGACACAGAUUGUUUUCUUGAUAUGAAUGAAUACAAAUCCCGAUACUCACUUGAAGAAAUCCGAGGAAGCAGUCUUCCUGAUUAUGAAUAUAACGUAUUUACUGUAUGUGCAUCUUCUGACAGCAAUUUCCAUGUCCUAUCCAAGAAAAAAAUCACUUAUCAACAAGAAGAUUAUCUUGUCAUAAUGGCAACAUUACCAUCACAUCGUGAGUCAAAAUACGAGAAUUGGUGCCGAGAUUAUGAGAGACUUUGUCGAAGUUUUAGAAAGAGACCAACUGGCUGCGGUCUUUCAUAUCAGUGGUCUUCCAAAUAUCGAGCAUGCGUAGAUGAGUAUCAAUCUGCGAUGGCCGAGAACGAUCCUGUGGGAUGCAACUCGAGUGAAACUGUAGCAAACAUAGCUAACAUGGCGGGCUAUAUUUUUGCAAAUCAGAGCAACUCGUUCGCAUUUCAUCAGUGUUCAAACGAAUGUCCAAAAAAAUUGACCGAUUCUUGUCCUGACUCGUUACCAUGCCUCAGCAAUCGCUCGGACAUAGUUUACACUGUAUGUACAGAUUCUUCGAGUGCUUUUGAAGUUGAGCGUGUGGUGCACACACGGGAAGAGAAUGUACCUUUGCUUUUCAUUACAGCAACUUUGAAUGGCGUGGUUGAUGCCAAAUCAGGGGAUUGGUGUAGAGAUUAUCAGAAACUAUGUGCAUCAUAUGCUGCUAGACCUGUCGGGUGUUAUUCUGAUAAAGAAAAUGAUCGUAGUGCAUGUACCACUGAUUAUAACGCAAUACCAAUACAGAGUGAUGUACAUCGCUGUGGUGAGGAUGGUGUGGAAGAUGUAGAGCGUAGCAGAAGAAUAACCCCUAAUUCUCCAGCUGGCGAAUCGUUCAAGUAUCAUAAAUGUAAAAGUUCCAAAUGUAAAAAAAGUUUAUCUGAUACAUGCAAUGAGGCUCUAAACUGCUUGAAGGAAAGCGAGUGGGUGUACACGACCUGUUCACGUGCCUCACAUAACUUUGAAAUAAUCGAAACUGAGUCGACAUCUCAUGAAGACCUGAAAGAUAUUCUCAUAAUUCACGCCAAUAUCCCGAUGGAUGGGCGAUCUCUUUACGAUAGCUGGUGCGAAGAUUACACGAAGAUGUGUUCGGUGUAUGGUAAAGUUCCUUUAGCUUGUCCUUUACGUCCAGAUUAUACUGCUGAGUCAGCAUAUCGUGCGUGUAGUAAAGAUUACAAUGGCCAUAUGAUGGAAGCUGACGAAAAUUCAACAUUGUCUUGUCCUUUGAAUGAUUUUAUUUCUGGCAUUGCUCAAGAAGCAGGCUUUAAUCAAGCUUCCUCCACCAACACAUUAAGUCUUACUACAUGUCUGUCUUGCUCAAAAACAUUGCAAAUUGUUAAUAAUGGAUCAUACAUCUCCAUGAGUUGUCCGCCAAGUGGUGUGUGUACUCCGUGGCAAGGUACUCCAUUGAACAGAGAUGUCUAUAUGUUAUGUGUAAAACCACAACAAGUCUCCUCAUUCCAUAUUGAUGAAAUAAGACAUAUUAAAAACAGAGACAGGAAAUACGCUGUAGUACGCGUUUCUUUACCUUACGGAACAACAUCUUUGUUUAAUGAUUGGUGUAGUGAUUAUCAGAAAGUUUGCGAAUCUCUCUCCAUGAGACCCAUAGCUUGUGGACUAAACUCUGAGCGAUUGACAAGUCGAAGAUUAUGUCGAAAAAAAUACAAUGCUGUGAUGCCUCGUGAGUUUGAUUGCCCGAAUUAUGAGUUAAUGGCUGAUAUUGCCCGCGCUGCAGGUUUUAAUUAUGAUGAAUAUAGAGUAUUUUCUUUAAAUGAUUGUAAUAAAUGUGGGGCAGAAAUCAGCAGAGAAGGCUUAGACAGAAUUACAACUACGGAUGGCUUCUUCUAUACUGCAUGUACAUACUCAGAUAGCAAUUUUGAAGAACUACAAACACGAGAUGUCGUCAUGAAUGAUAAAUCAUACCUUGUUGUGAAAGCUCAGUUGCCUGUCGAUAUGAUUUCCUCCCAUGAAACGUGGUGUAAGGAUUAUGAAAUGAUGUGUGAAUCUUAUGGAAAAAAACCGCUGACAUGUUCAGAUCUUGCUGAUCUUCAGUCGAGUUACAACGCGUUAUUACUAGACCAUAACUGUGACUCACUGUCAAGUAUACCACAACAGGCUGGAUUUGCAGAUGCAACAGAAGACAAUACGUUUGUUUUCAAGUCUUAUAGUAAAGAUAAAUGUUCCAAAAACUUCCCUACCACGAACGGUCCGUUUGGAAGACUGAACUCCAGUGUUCCACACCGUCAAAUAUAUACAGUAUGUCUUAAUUCAGCAACAGCGUUUGAAGUUCUAGCGAGAAGAUUGUUUAAAGCAUCUAAUAGUAGGACUUAUUUAUUCCUUCAAGUUACAAUGCCAGAGAACGGGAGAGCAAAUUAUGCUAGCUGGUGUCAUGAUUAUACCCAACUGUGUGGAGAAUAUGGUAAAAGACCUGUCACCUGUGUAAACUAUGAUUGUAGAACAUCGCAUGGCGCAAUUCAUCUUACAGAACAUGUUUGUCCUCUUGAGAACAUGCUUUCGUUUGCAGAGAAUGCAGGAAUACACAUAAGUACACAUGAAACAAACUUUCUAUUCUCUUUUAACUGCAUCUCAAGCAAAUGUAAGAAAGUUGUGGAAACUCGAAAUUGUACUGCAAGAGGCAAGAAAAUACCGCAUUGUUUUGAUCGUGAUGUGAACGAUGCAGAAUUCACUACUGUAUGUGCGACACCAGCAGAUAGAACAAGAUUCCCGACUCUUGACGUAAAAUACGUGAAGUAUUCAGGAAGACCUUAUACAGUCAUCCGUACACAAAAGACACAUCAAGAUUCAUUGCAAAAAAAUUGGUGCUAUGAUUAUAAACAACUCUGUCUAUCAUUCCUCCAGAGACCUCUCGCUUGUCCGACAAAGUAUAACACUGAUCCAGAUCUACAUUUAUGCCAACGCACUUACAGUGCCAUUUCAAUGGAAAGCAACGAACAAGGAUGUCCUAUGAAUAAGUUUGUAGCUGAGUUAGCAAGACAUGCUGGCUUCCCACGAGCAACUCCGCAAAAUUCAUUCGCAUUCCAAAAAUGUGGUGGUGGUCAUUGUAGCAAACAAUUACCAACAAGUGAGUGUAGUGAGGCGUUGUACUGCGUGAAUAUGGGAGGUGAUCAAGAAGAUUUAUAUACAGCAUGUACUGAUUCAGAUAGUGCUUUUAAUGUUCUUAGUUACAAAUAUAAUAUAAACUACAACUCUGUCAGUUAUGGUGUGAUAAAAGUGUCUGUCUGGGAAGGCUAUCAAUCAGCUCACGAAGACUGGUGUAAGGAUUAUCAAAGAUUAUGUGAAUCUCACAAUAUGGAAGCCGUGCAAUGUAAGAGGUCUGGACUCGAAAUUCCGUCAGAUAUAUGUAGUAAUAAUUACGGUGCUCAUGAGAGACUACAGUCAUGUGCAGCAGAUGCAAAGAACAUCGCGACCAAGGCUAACAUUGGUCACGUUGCUGACAAGAUGGCAUUGAUAAUGAGCGGUUGUAGAUCUUGUCCAACUGUUGUCACUAAAUCUUGUUCUUCUGCACUGAACUGUUUACGUUCAAGUAUAUUAUAUGCUGUAUGCGCCGUGCAAAAAACGGUCCACGCUUUCGAACCUAUACAAACACGGUUUGUAAACUAUGGUAAUAGAGCAUACCUUCUUAUUCAAAGUCACAUCCGUGAAAGAUAUGCAAACAGUUUCAAGAGUAACUACGACACGCUUUGUAGGUCUAUAUAUGGUUACAAACCUAUAGGAUGUGGUAGGACGGCGCGGCAUUCCUCAAGCAGCAAUAAUGUAUGUUAUCAACAAUACACAAACUCGUUGUCGCAUCAAGGAGAUGAUUUUACUUGUCCACCAGCAAAGACGAUCUCAUAUCUUGCAAAGAAAUAUGGAUUUUACCAAGCGGAAUACGUAAAUACUUUUGCGUUUUAUCAAUGCUCGGCAUAUGCUUCAUAUAGUUCGUACUACGGAGGUUAUAAAAUAUCUACCUCUAGUUGUUACAACCGACUUUGGUGUUUGAGUUAUAACCAGUAUCAUCGACUUUAUUACACCAUGUGUGGCAUUCCUUUACCUUCCAAAUCUCUUGGUUUUCAUGUGCUGGAUAAAAAAGAAUUCUUGUUUCUUGGAAUAAAAUAUGUCGCUUUCAAAUUAUCAAUAGGUAAAAUUAUCAUGCUCUAUUGUACUCUGUUUACACUAUCAAAGUUUCUGUGAUCACAGUUGAAAUUUUGCAUAAGUAAAUUCUAAGUUUAGAAGAAUUUGUAAGAAAUGUUUGAGGAAACACAGGAACUUUGAUAGUGUAAACGUCUUUAUGCUGCGUUUGUUGCGCUGUUGUGUUCUAGUUAACAAAUAGAUAAGAUUUUGCCGCAGUCUGUUCAGUUUAUAGAUACACAUAUGACGUCAUAAUGUGCAAAGAAAAAGUGGCGCCGAGGCGAGUUGGUCUUUUUUUUGUUCUUUCCACAUUGUGACGUCAUAUUGUGUAUUUAUAACUGAACACACAACGGCAAAAUCUAAUCUAUUUGUUUUAUAUAAUAAAAAGAAAACCCCCGAAUUAAACAGGUAAAUAGCUUACUUUUUAUCAACCCAAACAUUUGGAAAUUUGAGAAAGUCGAAAUUUUACAAAUAUCACGUGUACAUGAUCUCUACAAAUAAGAGAAUGCUAUUGGCUACCGUAAGUCACGUGCUGUGUCGUGAUUGGUUGCACAGAAAAAAGAAUUUUGUGUAACGUAAUUCCGUGCGUCUGUCCUCUAAUAGAUCAUGGCUCUCGACCAAUAAAAACGCUUGAAUUGUUAACAUUUUAUAUAAUUUAUUGUAUCGUGUUGUGUUGUGUUGUGUUGUGUUGUGUUGUGUUGUGUUGUGUUGUGUUGUGUUGUGUUGUGUUGUGUCGUGAUGAAAACAUCAUUAUGAACGUUCAGAUUUGACUUCAACUACCGCUAACUCUACUCACUGGUCUAGUGCGCAUGUCAUGUGGUAAUCUGGUAGAUCAGACACAUCUGAUUGGUUAGUGGUGGUGUAUAUCAAAUCUGAUCUAUUGUUUAGUUUACAUAAAAGUUGUAACAGUACAAUUAUGUUCGGAUUCAAAUAAUCAAUUUAAGUUAUAUUCCGCAGGCAGCUCGGGUGACUCUGCAACAGAUAAUUGGUGUUUUGAUUAUCGUGAAUUAUGUCGAAGAUACAACAUGGUUCCAACAGGAUGUGGCAGUAAAAAGAAAAAUAAUCCUGGUUAUUUCAAGUGUAAUUCAAUAUAUAGAUCAUUUAUGUCUCAUAGGGACUCUGUGGGUUGUGGUAAGACAUCUGUUCCUUCAUCUCUCGUGCGCCGUGCAGGCUUCCCUGAUGCAGUCAAAGAAAAUACAUUUGUAUUUAAUGACUGUAGUCAGUGUGCUAGGAGGUUACAACCCACAACCUGUGAUCCUGCCCUCAACUGUCUGCAUUCCGAGGUAUUUAAUACGCAUGCGUACACAUUGUGCGUGGAACGGAAGUCUGGGUUUGAAUAUAUUGCUAAGAAGAAAACAAUUUAUGGUGGAGUUGAAUAUUUAGUUGUGAAAAGUGCACUUCCUGUUGACAACAGACCGCUAUAUGAUAACUGGUGUGUGGACUAUCAGAAAUUAUGUUAUUCUGUUGGCGCCUUUCCUGUGGCGUGUUCUCUCGGCUCAGGUGUACAGGAUUUACGCAGGUAAUAUAACACUAGGGAACACUAGGGGCUUUGGUGGCGUAAUCGUCACAGCAGGCGCCUUUCACCUCUGAGAUCGUGGGUUCGACUCUCACAUUGGACUGAUGACACUCAUGUGAAAAGAGUCAGUCAACGCUCCGCCGAAAGUCGUGGGUGGGUUGGGAUUAGUAUAGGUAAUCAUGCGAGUGAUGUUUGGAAAUUUUGCCAAAAUUGGACGAGCCGCCGGGGCGAGUCCAAUUUGGCAAAUUUCCAAACAUCACGAGUACUAUUAAUCCCUAAUUGUACGAGCAACAUCGCAUGAUUACUUGUUUAUUAUUAGCAUGACAAAACUGAAUACGUACUUCUCAAUGUCAACAUCAUAUUCUCUCGCCAAAGCCCAGUUUUGCCCGACUUUCAACCAAAAUUUGGUGUUUUUGUUUGUAUUUUCAUUUAGUUCUUUUGUUCAAGCAAAAUUUGGUGCUUUUGUUCGUAUUUUCAUCUAGUUCCUUCACGGCAAUUUCAUUUCACAUCUGUGUUUAAAAUCCCUUUCCGCCAUUUUGUUUGUUUUGGGAAAAUCGUUAAUUGUACUGCAGUACAAUUAAUGAAAUAAUUGUACUCCUCUCAACCAAUCAGCAUCCAGUAAUUUUGUCAUGCUAAUAAUAAGCCCCCUAACUGACCUUCCCACCGUAGCUGUGCUCCGUGAUCAGACAUGAGUCAUAAGGUGCUCCAAGAUGUCUAAGCAUUCGACUGGAUCAGGUUGCGUCCUUCGUAAUUCAGUUUAGCUCUCAGCUGCUAUGAUUAGCACACCCCCACUCACUUUAACAAACAAUGAGCUGUAUAAUAAAAUCAAGCUGUAAAGACUCUCAUGGACGUUUAAAAUAUUACCGGUGGUAUCAACGAUACCGGGCUGAUUUUUUUGUUCAUAAAUCAUUAAACUUUUGAAAACAGUAAUAUAUUUUGUGUUCUUAAAAUGAUUUUCUUGUUUUCAGAUUUGCUGAGAAAUAUGGAGCUAUAACCGUGGAUAGCAUUCCAUGUCCUCCUAUUGCUAAAGUCCUUGCUAUUGUUAAGAAAGCUGGUUACUCCACAGCAAAAGCUGGUAAUUCAUUUGCAUUCACUGGUUACUCGAGUCACGAAUGUUCGAAAAAUCUUCCCACACAAUUCUGUACCCCCGGUUUGGAUUGUCUGAACAGUCAAUCCCGGGAGGUGUUCGCAGUCUGUAUAAAUCCCACCAACUUUGCUGUGUCAGAUGUCCGCACGAGCCGACAUUCUGAAAACACAUUCACAGUCAUUCAAGCUACAUUGCCUGCUUCUGGGUUGUCUAAAACCUCGACAUGGUGUGAGGAAUAUGCAACAUUAUGUCGCUCUAUGAAACAACAACCUGUGGUGUGUCCAGGCUACGCAGAUCCUACCCAGUACGAGAAAUGUGGUGAUAGUUACGAUGGAUAUUUAUUGUUUGAUAAAUACGACUGCAAUACAGAACACAAACGUUUACAGGAAAUUCCUCAUUUGGCUGGAUUCGCCGAAGCAAACUUCGCGAACACAUUCGGUUUUGCUUCAUGCGCGUCGUGUCAACGUGAACUAUACAAUGGCCCUGAAUGUGAUCCUUCAUUAAGUUGUAUUAACAAUAAAACUGCGGACAAACAGGUGUUUGCUCUGUGUAUGAAAGAUGGAAAGGACACGAACUUCAACGUUCUUGCGACUAAAGAAAUUGUGACGUCAGAGGUGCAAUAUCAAGUCGUCAUGGCAACAAUAUCGCCAUUUGGAAGAUCAAAAUAUGAUACUUGGUGUACGGAUUAUGAAAGGUUGUGCUCUUCACUAGAAAUGAGACCUGUUCGAUGUUCUUCGGAUGGAAAUACUUGUCCUUUGUUGUAUAAAGCCUUAGUUUCAUCACAAGAACAAUUUGAUUGUAAUAAUAACUCGGCGCUUGUUAAGUUUAUUCAUAACGCUGGAUUCUCUCAAGCUUCCCAGGAGAACACGUUCAUCUACAGCGCAUGCUCCACGUCUGAGAAUUGUCGUAAAACAUUGUUGCCUGAUCAAUGUGAUGGUUCUAUGAAUUGCCUGAAGAAAGCCUCUGGUGCUAGCAUUGUUUUCACUUUAUGUGCGCGUGGCCGCCAUACGAACUUCAAAUACCUUCAUUCAUAUACACAUCUUCACAAUGAGGUGAGAUAUUUCGUUAUCAUGGCUGGGGUAUUUUCUGAUGAAUCAAAGAGUGUCAAUUGGUGCUAUGAUUAUCGAGAUAUGUGCGUGUCAUUUGGCAAACAACCAGUCGUGUUAGGGUCUUUUGGCGAGCACUUUAAUGGAGACAGAAAUCAAUGUUUUGGAGCAUAUGACGCAACAUCUACCGUGGAAUAUAUCAGUACCUAUAACGUGGCCAUGAAAGAAAUUCCUAACACGCAAUUUACGCAUUGUCGUGUCAUAUAUAAAUAUUGUAAGAGUUGUGGUAAGACGUUUGUUCAUUGUCCAUUUGAUUCUUGUGGAUGUGAUGUUUAUUCUCUUUUCUGUCUUUAAAUCAACAAACGCAAAGUUUCUGUUAGGAAUUUAAACAGUAUUCUAAACGACGAACGAAAGUUUUAAUUAUGAAAGGUAAAAUGUCGCGUUAAACCCAAAAUUUCUUAUUACCUACAGCGGAGUAGUACUCCUGUACUAAUGCUAAAGGUUACUGUGAAAAACAAGUUGUUUUUUUAUCAAAAACUAUCUUCAUAGAUAGUUAUAAUAAUUUUAUAGCAGCCUAAUUGCAAACGCGACAUAGCCUUUGUAAUUGUAUUAUGCACGAAUAUUAAUUGAUGAUAUCAUAAUGUAUAAUAAAUAAUAAUGUAUAACAAUGAUAACAAUGAUAAUAAUGAUAUAUAAUAAUUUAUAAGUCUCCCAGGGGUAUGUGUUUCUGUGUUAUUUUGGAAAUCUUUCCUUUGCUACCAACAAAGACCAUGUUCCCUUGUUCUCUUUUUGGCUUUGUUCCCAUGUUCCAUUGCAAAAUAUUCCCCGAGAAACCCCUGGGAGAACGAUCAAUAAUGUAAAAUAAUAACAUAAUAUUAAGUAAUGUAUAAUAAUAAUAUAUAAUUAUAUAAUAAUAAUGUAUAAUAAUAGUAAGACGUAUUAAAUUCAGUGCCUUUUUUAACUAUAUAUCUGGGGGGCAAUUGCCCCCCCCCCCAGGGAAAGAAUUCCCCCCCC